AUGAGUGGUCGCUUUCUCGAAGUUCACCUACUUGCAAUAGCCCUUCCUGGAUGGCUUGCAGUAGCAGUUCUACUGACUCCUCUUGUUUUGUUUACUUGUAAUCGGAAAUCAAAUGACAAGACCUGGCCUGAAAGGCAGAAAGCAAGUGGUGGUGGCGAAAGGAGUUCAAGUGAAGUGGUCGACGGUGAUAUCGAAAUGACUCGUGCUGAACUGAAAAUUAGCGACUCCGUUCGCGAUGUGAGGCCACCAGUAAAAUCAGGAAGUUCUCAGCAAGGGAAAUUUGAAUCCGCGUCUUCUACUGAGCUCAUUGUGGUUCCUUUAGGCAAAGCAAAAACGUAA